GCUUCGGUGACGAAAUAAUCUCGAAUUAACAUCCUACCUAGGUACAUAUUACUUACUCGUUGGGACUUAUGAACCUUUUAGCCCUGGAGAAUCUUUAAGAGGUUUUGUUCUGGAGGCAGUGGCCUUUAAGACCAUAAAUUAUUCGAUUCUAGUGGGUUUGAAGUUAUAGUGAAGGUAAGCUACAGCAUCCCUAUUUUCCAAAAACCUGAAAUACUUAUCUUGUGAAUACAUUAAGCUUCGCUGGUAAAACAUGUAGAUGUUGAUGAGGCAGGAAGUACUGUGAGGAGUUUAUGAUAUGCUUUUUAUGCCAGCGCACGUUCAAAUGGCUGACGUCAUCGUCUAUCUCAUCAUCAAUGGCGUGCUACCAAGUAAUCGAUAUUUCUUGUGACAAGAAAACACAAGAUUUUAGUACAAAAAGCUACGCAGACUACCAUCAUCCUAGUCACCAUCGAGUACAAAUCUGCGUCUACUUAAUCAUCUAGUGAAUGAUGUCUUCUAUACUAGUCGUUGGCGCUACGAGGGGUCUAGGGGCCGCUUUAGUGGAAGAAUACGCCUCUAAUUCGGAUUCUUCAACACGUAUCUUUGGAACUUCACGAUCGGAUACUAAACCGACUGGAUUUCCAGAACAAAUCAAAUGGCUUACCGGCAUUGACCUUUCCCAAUCCAACGUUGGCGAGAAUCUCGUCUCGCAGCUCAAAUCAGAGAAACCCCUCGACGUCGUGAUCAUCAAUGCCGGACGCUUCACAACCGAGGACUUUUCCGCAGACAAAGGGCCGAACUGGGAUGAGGAGGUGGCCAUGUAUACUAUAAGCUCCGUCGCGCCGGUGUUUGUCGUGCAUCGGCUGGCACAUGCCAAUUUGCUCGGGCACGGCUCCAAGGUCAUCCUGGUCUCGAGCGAAGCGGGCAGUAUCACGCUACGGCAUGAGAAGGAGGGAGGCGGGAAUUAUGCGCAUCAUGCUAGUAAAGCUGCGCUCAAUAUGGCGGGGAAGUUGCUUAGUAUCGAUUUGAAAGAUGUUAUUGUUAGUAUUGUGCACCCGGGCUUCAUGCGCACUGAGAUGACGAGGAAUGUUGGCUUUGAUAAGCAUUGGGAUGCUGGUGGAGCUGUGACUUCAGAGGCGGCAGCGAAGAGUCUCGUAGAAUGGACGGAGAAGCUAGAUUUUAGCAAGUCCGGGGAAUACUGGGCACCCCGUGGUCCACGAGAUAUUGGUAUGGCUGAGACUGUGCUAGGGAAGAACCUCGAGACGCCGUUGAAAUUGCCUUGGUAAUUUCGAAGUAUAUGAAUAGUGGUUGAUGUCGAUUGUGCAUACUUCAACCUAGUAACUUAGUAAUUAUGUAUGUAGACAGAGAGAUGUCCACAUUCGACUUCGGCGAGUUUGAGGCCAAACCCAAAUGAGAUAUAGAGUUGACGAUGACUUGCUUCUUCUUCGCUUAUUACCAAUGUUUGAAAUACUCUAGCAGUUCGCCUACUCCUGAACAAAAAGGGGAAGUGGUAGGGGGAGGAUCAGCAGUUAACAAAGAUGCGCGGGCAGCGGACAGCGGGCAGGCAGGGUGUAGGAUGGAUGGAUUACCCCACAGGGAUGCCAAGGGGGGAAAUAUUUAAGUUCAAUGUUGUGUGGAGUAUUCCCCCUUUCGGCUACACGGGCUACAUUAGAGCGAGCUCUCAGUGGCUUGACACCGCAAACUCAAGAGAAAUAAAAAAGGGGUCUCGAACUUCCAAGCUCAGUACCUAGGUACAUGUAUGUACACGUAUUAUCUAGCUCGUCUGGGUUGGGUAGGUAAAUCGUGUGGUCACAUGCAAUAAUACCUCUAUUUUAUCACUCACAUCCAUUUGUAAUCAC